AUGAGCACUGGAAUCGCUUCCAGCAGCGCGCCUACCGAUGCUCAAGUGUCUCGCGAGACAGAGCUGAGGAAUCGACUUGCUGAUCGAUCUCGAGGUCGAGAUGUUGGUGUGAAUGGGCAUUCCGGCAUGCGCAACCCUGACGAUGGGCGACAGAGAGCGUCCUCGAGAGAGCGUGGAGGUGGAGCUCGAGAGGAGAGGCAUCGACGCGAGGAGUCGGACGAUCGGCGCGUCUGGUCACGAGGCGAGAGAGCAAUGCCCUCGUAUGGAGAAGGAGAGGAGCAAAGGUCUUAUGGGCGUCGAUACGACGAACCGCUACCGCAAGGGAUGGAUCCGCGCGUUCCACCUCCGCGCGAAGAUUCUUCAGGCUGGGCCGCCGCACCUCAUGCUGAUGAGGGCCAUCGAUAUGGUCAGAGGUCCGGGCAUCUUCCACCUCCAGGGUUCGGACCUCCCCCAGGCUUUGGCCCUCCUCCGGGAUACUACGAACGUCCUCCUCCUCCCGGCUUUGCUCCGCAUCCGUCUCAUCACGGCUGGAAUGGAGCUCCACCGCCUCGCUUUGAUGGUAGACCUGAAGCUUAUUCGCAAGACUUGGCGCCACCUAGAGAGGGAGCGCCUCCUCCAGGUGCCUGGGGUAGGAGGGGUCAAGGCGGUCCGCCCGUGAGCGACAAAGGGUAUUUCGAAAGGUGAGUCGGUAAACGUGCAUUGAGAGCAUAGGGCAAGCGGCUUACGAGAGCCACUCUCGCAACUCACAACAGUCGAAAUGAAGAGCGAAAGAAGAGCACAUUGUCUAUUUGGCCUCCUUCUCCACGCUCGCCAUUGCGCGAAAAAGCAAGCAAAAGAGACAAGCACGAAUCUUCAAAGCACAAGUCGAGCCGUGACAAGGAUCAUAAACACGGAUCCAGCAGCCGUAAGCACCAUCGAUCGAGCUCUGGCAGAAAGAGAAGGUACGACACGUCGGAAGAUGAAAGCUCAGAUUCGGAGGAAGAGAGGCAAAGAAGACGAAAAGAAAAGGAGAGGAGGCAUCGUCAUCGGCGCCGAGAUGACAGUGAGGACGAAGAACAGCGAAGUGAGAGGAAGGCGCGUAAACGGUCCGAGCGUUCCGUCUCCGAAACAAGGCUGGAGGAGAAGAGAGCGGCGUCGAGCGGAUCAGCCAGCGCUGUGGAGACGGAUGGAAAAGCGCUGGCUCGCGUCACACUUGAAGGAGACGCUUCUCCAGCUGCGGCAGGGGGGCGACGAGUGCAACCACGCAUUGGACCUGCUCUGCCUCAAUCCAGCGCAGCGGUGGAGGAAGAAGCGCUAGCGCAAGCUUCUAGCUCCAAAGGCAUGGGCAAAGAGUAUGGACGAGCUCUAUUGCCAGGCGAAGGGACGGCCAUGGCGGCGUACGCAGCCGAGGGCAAGCGUAUUCCUAGAAGAGGAGAAAUUGGUUUGGAAAGCGAUCAGAUCGAAAAGUUUGAGAAUGCUGGAUUCGUCAUGAGCGGAAGUCGACAUAAGCGCAUGAACGCGGUCAGGAUGAGAAAGGAGAAUCAGGUCAUUAGCGCAGAGGAGAAGAGGGGCAUCUUGAAGUUGCAGGCGGAAGAGAAUGCGAAGAAGGAACAGGCGAUUAGAGAACAGGUACGUUUGGUCCAGCCUUGUUGUUCUGGGCAGCGAUGGUGGAAGAGCGCGCAUGCUUACUCAUGACGCCGUUGACUUGAUUCACAGUUCAAGGAUAUGCUUGACUCUAUGGGAGGCAGCGCACCCAGAUGA